UUCUCCUCGAGAACAUGCGUAAGACAGACGAGAAAACUCUGCUACUCUGGUUUUAAAUUCUAGAGGCCCCACAAAAAUCUGUUUCUGGAUUCCUUCUCAAGUUGCUUCUUCAUCAAGACUAAUUACCCCCUAUCUACCAUACCACCCACGGCACCAAUCAGUAGUUCCCGCCAUGUAUACUCUAUUUGAUGGAAAAUCUACCUGGCCAGCGAGCUCGCUCCAGCCAGUCUACUACAGCGGGCCCGUGCCCACAACCCCCACCUACAUGCUGGGCACCACCCCAUCUCUCGGCGACCCCUCACCCCAACCUGUUCUCUACAGCCUCCAAACUCCCCUCUUCCCCUCGGCCAUCGCUUCCUCCCCCACCGACUCUCGACACCGUUUGACCUCUGAUGACGUGUUUCUUCCCGAAACUCCGGCUGUGAUCCACGAUUCGUCGGUGUUUAGCUAUGCCUUACAGCAUCAAAACUACCAAAACGCCUUCACCUCUGCUGCCAAUCUGACAAACGCUUCAGGGCAUCCUGUCAACUUUGAAUCCAAACCGGAAAAUUCGUCACUCGAUGUUGAAGUUGACACUUCUUCCGACUGUUCCCGCUCCAGCAAUUUCGGCCUGAACUCCCCGCCUCGUAAGUUCGAGCACACGGCCAACAUGUCGUGUCAAUCUUCAACCGUUUCCUCAUCUCCCAGCUCCAUCUGCCAUGACGACUCUAGACUCUUAACGAAUAGCCCUCCUCAUUAUAACAUCCUGGAUGCGAACGAUUCUGUCUUUGCUCCACCCUUCCAGUCUUUGUCGUCAUCACACCCCCAAUACUGCAACAACUCGGACUCGAACUAUUAUUCCCAAAUCCUGGACAUAAAGUGUGGAUUUAACCGAGGACGCAUGAUCACAAGCGCCAGUUCGGAAAGAUGUCCACGCUUCAGUCAAAACGGCAUCACAGAAGAGUUGGACGAAUGCGACAAGAGUUUCUUCAGAGCCCCAGAAGUGGGGAUAGACAAUCAGGCCAAGAAAAGGGAGGAGUUCCUUUUAACCCUCGAGGCUGAACGGGAAAAGCAGAGGAAACUGGUGCUGCCGAAAUACACGCCAAAGAUGAACUGCAAGUUCUGUAAGAACAACGGCGAGAGUCCUGAGGUGUACACCAAACAUCGGCUCCACUACAACGAGAAGACCAUCUGUCCCCUGCUCAGACAUUACGUUUGCCGACUUUGCAACAGUACCGGGGAUUUUGCACACACUAUCCGACACUGUCCCUUCAACAGCAAGAAAGACAAAAUUGCAUGGAAAGCAACCUUUCUGGUGUAGAAUUCAACAGUCCAUCGCAAAGAAACUGCAGCAAGUGUUUUGUUUUGAUUUUUGUCUUUCCUUCGUACUAUUUCUUAUGUUUUUUGGGGGUUGUUGUUUUUUUUUUAAUUUUUGGCGGGUUGUGGAGGGGUGGAUGGUGGACUUAUUUUGACCCCAGAGGGUCGUUACUUAUUGUGAUGUCUAUGAACACAGUUUACUUCAAUGCAAUUUUUGUUAUUUUCCAAUUAUAUUGGUGGGGGGUCUGCCCUCUUUUGUGAGAGGAAUCCAAUUUUGAUGCCAGUUUAUCAGUGACAUUAUACUCGUACUAAUCAAUGAACACUUCCGCCACCCAAAUAACCUUCAUGACCAGACGGCCCCACAAAGUUUCGGUUCCUUAUUGCAGCUUGUCUGGUCUUGAAUGUUAUCUGGGAAACAGCGGUUCAAAAUGCUUUUACUCCGCGAUGCUUAGUGACUGGUCACUCUUAAAGAGUUUGAAAAUAUAAUUAUAUCAAAUUUAGGAAUUUAGUUGCACACGAAACGAAAAAAGAAAGGGGAUGGUCGAUAGAAGAGAUGGCGAAGAGAAGUUGGGGAGGGGAAGGGGUUUAUAUAAAUUAAAUAAUGCGUAUUACUCGAUGAACUAAUAUUGAAUACGGCUCCAAGCAAUAAUCCAUCGAAAUGGUCUCCGAAGCUUAAAAACGAGCACAGGUUUCUGUCCCACAUACGGUUCGGUUACUCUAUUGGCUAGAAACCUGGUCUUGUCCUGAAAUUGCCGGAGUGCUGCAACUUUAGUUUAUAUAGAUCUGCCACCUGCCCCCCCCCCCCCCCCCUCAUUUCCCUUGCCCAUAAACUGGAGGCGUAAGUAAGACAGGCGGGUAGUUAGAAGGCCCCACAAUAAAGGCAUACCAAUCAUAGGUCAACGAGGGUUGGAACAGGGAAGUAAAGGGGGAGGGGUUCUCAUUGCUAAACGAUCUUAUAAAACGUUAGGAACAAUUUCAGCUACAAAACUAGUAUCUAGAUAGCAUGACAAAAGCUUCUGGGAGAAAAUCAUUUUGAUUUGAAACCUCUUCGAUAUCCUCCAGUUGUGUGAGGUCUAGAUUUUACCUUUGUUAGUAGAAUUUGGGGAGGGAACUGUUGCUUUUUAAAAAGAAUGCGUUGACAGUUUCAGGGAUAUUUGUUUUAUUUGUAUUUUAUACUUCCGAACCUAAGGGAUCCAUAAUGAUAGUGUUGUUCGGUUUAGAGCGACAUACAGAUUACGAGAAAAUUAACGAUCAUAUUAUUGGUGAUGUUGCCAGCAAACUUUCAGCACAUUAUACCACAUUUUUAUUGGUAUCUUUUAAAAUGGCUCAAGGCUCUAUCGCACAGACGUCAAACUCAAUGUCCCGGGGCCACAUGUGGCCUGGCUAACAAUUACAUCCGACCUGCGAGACAAUUUUAAGUUACCCAUCCGGAGAAUUUCAAUAGACCCAACAUCGAACCCUCUGCUCCAAACAUAAACGAACUUUUUGCCAAGAGAAGAUACCGAGCACCCAUCUUCGACAAGUUGGCAUAAAAACAAAAGUUGGUAUGGCUGGGUCUAUUUUCAUUCUAAAUUCUGUCUGUUUAAAUUCAUAUUAUUUAAAAAUGAUCUAGUUUUCUACUGCUCAGUGGCUGUCCAGUUCGAUCUGCAAUCUUGUGUAAUUUGAGUUUGGCCCCUUGAGCAACUGAUUUUGACGCCUGUGCUUUAAAGCAAUUUAUUGACUUCUCGUUAAACCUUGAAGCUACAGGACUUGAAGUCCCUGAGCUUCAUCAUCUUGAGAGUGUAUGACCAGUUUAUAAUGUUGUCAGACCCAUGGAUGUACAUGUACCGCGUUUGUGAUAAGGUAUGCUCUUUACUUUCAAAACGGAAUGGAGUAAAAUAUGUUGCAAAGUA